AUCAGCUUCAUCAUCAGCCAAACUACCCAACUUCACUGACGCUGAACAUUACUGAAGGGAUUCCCAUGAUGACACUCGCUCACAGUGCUGCCAAGACUGAGUUUGACCCCCUUGUCACACCCCUGCUGCCAGACAGAGAGCCCAGAGUCCCUCGCCAGGACACCCAGGAGGAGCACUGGCCCGCGACGGUGUUAUAUGCCAUCAUCAAGGAGGUGCCUCUGCGGAGAUGGAAGGAAUUCCUGCGCGUGCUCUCCCUGACCGACCAGCAGCUGGAGCGUGUGGAGCUGGAGCCAGGCCUGGGCUCUAUUGAGAGGCAGUACCAGAUGCUGCGGCUGUGGAGCCAGGGCCCGACUGCAAGUCUGGAGGACGUAUACUCAGCCCUGCUCUACAUGGACCUGGCUGGCUGUGCCUACCAGCUGCAGGGUUGUCUGGAGCAGCUGCAGUGGAGAGCCACAACCAAUGACAUCACCACAGUUUCACAGGACAACUGAGUAGGGAUGGACAUGAGUAUUCGAACAGACGUCAAAAAUCGGUCUUAACCAGAGAUCACAUUGUUUUCAAAUACUGUGUUGCAACAAAGUGCUAGGUCGCUCUCCAUGCUCACUCUCUCGGUUUGUCAAUGUUUAUGAAUUCCCCACAAUGUAUCAAAAGUAUCAGCAGUACUAAAUGUAGGCUAACGUUAUUCAUUGCCACUUCCCCAUUAAUCUAGAAUGUUUGGUUAUGGUCUUUUCUGUUUAUUCAAUAUAUUAAUACUGCAUACCGUUCUCAUUCUGGUAGUGUAUAUGUUUGGAGAGCUCAAACUGCGCUAUGAUAAUGAAGUUGUGGUUUAUUUAAUUAUACAAAAAUAUAAAUGCAACAUGCAACAAUUUCAAAGAUUUUGCUGUUACAGUUCAUAUAAGGAAAUCAGUCAAUUGAAAUAAAUUCAUUAGGCCCUAAUGUAAGGAUUUCACAUU